AAAAGUAAAAACUUUCAAUUGAUAGCAAAUGCAGCGUCCGGAAUGGCUGUGCACGAUGACUGUAAACUGAAGUUCCAGGAACUUAAAGCAAAGAGGAGCUAUCGAUUCAUUACAUUCAGAAUUGAGCAGCAACAAGUUGUGGUCGACAAAUUAGGGGGGGCAUCGGAAAGCUAUGACGAUUUCCAGGCCAGUUUGCCAGCUAAUGAGUGUCGUUAUGCUGUCUUUGAUUUUGAUUUCACAACUGAUGAGAAUUGCCAGAAAAGCAAGAUCUUCUUCAUUGCAUGGUCACCAGACACAUCAAAGGUGAGGAUGAAGAUGGUGUAUGCUAGUUCCAAGGAUAGAUUCAAGAGGGAGCUCGAUGGCAUUCAAGUCGAACUGCAAGCAACUGAUCCAAGUGAGAUGAGCUUGGACAUUGUGAAAGCUCGAGCCAUCUAA